UUACAGAAUCUGCAAGAAAUUCAAAAAGCAUCCUUAGAUCAGGAGAAGUAAAAGAUUCUAAACUCAAAGGAUUGAAUGUUUACUUAUUAGUGUUCAGUAAUAAAGAUGAAGAAAUUGCUAAAACAGAUAAAGUUAUGUAUUUUAUAAAACUAUUAAAGAAUGUAACUAAAAUAGAAGUAAAUUAUCAUGUAUCAGAAAAUCUUGAUAGUGCUAUAAAAUUAGCUGUAAGCUAUAAUUCAGUAAUGUAUGAGAUAAAAACCAAGAAUAGUUAUACUUUAGGAAGGAAUAUAAAAACUACUGAACAAGAAAAAGAAGAUAAUGAAAUUCUUCUAAAAUCAAAAGAAAAGGAUAACAGAAUUUGUAAAAACUUUCUAAAGAUAGAAGAAAAAAUACAAAGUCAAAAUGCAUUGAUCCUAAUAGAUUCUGAAGCAUCUAAAGAUUUUAUAGAUGAAAAGUUUAGUAAAAAAAUACAAUUAAAGAUGAAAGAAGAAAGUACAUCUAUUACAAUUGAGUUGGUAAAUGAUUCCUGA